GGUAUGAUCGCAGGAUCAAUAGUGUGAAUUUUGCAGUAAACGUGAUUAAGUGGGUAGAGGUCGUGGAUUUUCCAUUGUAAAGGAUAAUAAAAUCUUCGCUGAAUAUUCAGAAGUUCAUAAAAAGUAUCGCGUGGAGUGAAUUAAUGAUAAUCUUAAAAGUCCUUUGAAUUCGUAAUGUCGCGUAACUCUGGGUUUUUGGAGGUGUCAGCGAGUCCCUUCGAGAUCUACGAGAGCAAUGACUUGGACUGGGAAACCCCAAAGAGUUCUCAUCAUCAGGUCAAAAGGUCUUGCAGUAGAAUGGAAAAACGUGAUGUAAAGAUAAAAUCGUGGUCCCAAUUGUUCUUGACUAAUUACUCAAAUCAAUUGAGUGGCCAGUCAAUCAAGACCCCCAUGACUGGAAAAUUAGGAUCUAAUGAGCCCCUUGCGCCAAUGAAGCAUCGAAGAUCCAUCAAUAAAUCAGAGUUGAAGCCAAAAAAAUUAAUUUUCAAGGAUCUCGAGGACUACGAGUCAGGGAUCGUCGGUUUAUUCUCCCCUUUGACCUUAAAAAUCAACAAGAAAAUAAUGGUGAGAAGUGAUGAUCAAAGUACAAGUGAAACACUAACCAAAGAGAGAAAACAAAAGUCAAAGGAAAGUGGAAGGUCGAAAGUAAACAUUCAGCCUCCUAGUAACGACAAGGAAAACCGCUGUGAGAAUCAGAGAAAUAAAAACAAAGAUAUGCGUAAACAACUGAAAGAACACCUCAAAACAAAUCCCAAUGAUAAAAGUAGCUUCAAACAUUUGAGAAUAUAAUACUCUUCGACACAAUCGCCAGCUGAUUUCAAGCCCGAUAAAUAAAUACGGUUUCAAUUUUUUCAUCUUUUAAUGUAUAAAAAUAUUGUUACAAAACAGUUAUUCAUAACCCCAAAGUUGAACUGUAACGUCUUAUUGUUAUGGCAACCACUGAGUGAUUUUUCCAUUGAAAUUAAAAAUAUUUUCCACAAUUUAACGGUCGUAUAUUCAUGAGUGAGUUAUAAAAUGGUGAGGGGUUGAGGGAUAACCUAGUUACGAGUUUUUUUGUUACUCUCAGCUGAGCAUGUUUGCACACGUUUUAU